AUGUUACAUUAUAUUUUAUAUACUAGCGCUCUUAUAAGUGUUGUGUUCACUGCUGAUGAUUUCAUUUGGAACAGAUGGGAAAAACGAACUGUUGACUGUAUAAACCGUAAUGGAGAUUGUUUGGUUAUUGCUCCAGAUGAUGCCAUUCCACCUAGAGAUCCCAAAAACUAUAAAUGUCGACGUGAGCCGAUGCCUCAAACAUCUUGGAAUACAUUAGCUCAGAACUCUACCACACGCAUUGCUUGUCCCUUAGGUUGUGAGCCUGACUUUGAUUUAUCGGUUUUACAAAAAGUUCCAUAUGUAAAUCCAAAAUGCCAAAAGUACUAUACAUAUGGAAAAUAUCGUGAUUCGCAAGCCAACGAUUGGUUCAUCUGGAUGACAGAGCCAUGCGAAGCUGCCAUUUCAACUCACUGCCGUUUCAAAGAUGUUCCUCAAGGAGCUAAAAGUCAGCGAAAGCAUAAACAGCUCGCCUAA